UCCAUUUUAUAUUAAUAUUAUUAAUAAAUAUUUACAUGAUUUCUGCCUAAUUUAGUGUUUUCAAUAUUAUUUUGCAGAAAAUAGUGUAAAAGGACAAUUUGGAGAAAAUCUCCCUAAAACUGCCUUAUUAGAGCAAAGAAUGAGGAAAGGAUUUUGAAGCUUAAAUAUUCAAGUUUCUGGGCCCACUUAUGGAUCAGCCCAUUCCCACACCACUCAGCCCAAACGCUUCACGGGACAACUCCAGCACAUGGGCCCGCCAUUGCACCUCAGCAAAUCUCCCGCACCUUCACGCACUUGGGCACCCCCUUUUCCUGCAAAGAACCAAGCGUGCAAGUCCACCAUUCCCUCCAGUGGACCAGUCCACGCACAAUCAAGCACAUGGACAAAGCCCAGCGCAUGGACCCGCCGAAGCUCCUCUCUGCACGUGGACCGCUUCAUCCACUCCAGCACCCAACACUCACGCGGCCCGCUUCUCCAAAUUCACUUCACGUGGACCACAUUCCCACUUCACCCAUUCUUGCACAAUGGCCCAACUUCACCACUCCAGCACAUGGUCCCGCCAAGGCAUAUGGACCAAGCAGCGGACAGCACAUGGACCUUUCACUUGCAACAGGGCCCGCCACUCAUGCCCCAUUUCAACCCACGCAUAUGGACCGCACAGCGUGGGCCCGCGCUUCAUCAUUGUCUUCACGUGGACCAUGGACCAUGGACCAGCGCUUUUUCUCAAAGUUCACGCGAACCACUCACACUAAUUCUUCCACUUCAGCGCUCUCACACGUGGACGGCAAAUUCCCAAUUAGGGCGUCUCUCCAGCUCUAUUUAAAGAGCUUUAAGCAGCCAGAAAGAGAAUUCAAUUCUCACUCGGCAAUUUCGGUGCUCGGCGCAAAAGGCAGAAUCUCCAUCGAAAAUAGUGUAAAAGGACAAUUUGGAGAAAAUCUCCCUAAAACUGCCUUAUUGGAGCAAAGAAUGAGGAAAGGAUUUUGAAGCUUAAAUAUUCAAGUUUCUGGGCCCACUUAUGGAUCAGCCCAUUCCCACACCACUCAGCCCAAACGCUUCACGGGACAACUCCAGCACAUGGGCCCGCCAUUGCACCUCAGCAAAUCUCCCGCACCUUCACGCACUUGGGCACCCCCUUUUCCUGCGAAGAACCAAGCGCGCAAGUCCACCAUUCCCUCCAGUGGACUAGUCCACGCACAAUCAAGCACAUGGACAAAGCCCAGCGCAUGGACCCGCCGAAGCUCCUCUCUGCACGUGGACCGCUUCAUCCACUCUAGCACUCAACACUCACACGGCCCGCUUCUCCAAAUUCACUUCACGUGGACCACAUUCCCACUUCACCCAUUCUUGCACAAUGGCCCAACUUCACCACUCCAGCACACGGUUCCGCCAAGGCAUAUGGACCAAGCAGCGGACAGCACAUGGACCUUUCACUUGCAACAGGGCCCGCCACUCAUGCCCCACUUCAACCCACGCAUAUGGACCGCACAGCGUGGGCCCGCGCUUCAUCACUGUCUUCACGUGGACCAUGGACCAUGGACCAGCGCUUUUUCUCAAAGUUCACGCGAACCACUCACACUAAUUCUUCCACUUCAGCGCUCUCACACGUGGACGGCAAAUUCGGCGUCUCUCCAGCUCUAUUUAAAGAGCUUUAAGCAGCCAGAAAGAGAAUUCAAUUCUCACUCGGCAGUUUCGGUGCUCGGCGCAAAAGGCAGAAUCUCCAUCAGUUUUUUUCUUUUUCUUUUCCUUUUAAUUUUCUGUUUUUAAUUCAGCCAAUGAGUGGCUGAUUUCUUUAAUUCUAGUUGAGGAUUGGUUGAAACUAAGGUUGUUUAAUGGAUUGUGAGAUCUGAACAUAAAUUAUUGUCUUUGGUUUUGUUCAAUAUUUAUGCAAUUGAUGUUUUAAUUA